GCUUUGCGGCGCGAAGCUGCGCGCGAAGAGGAGGAAGUGAAGGCUUCUCGCACUCUGCGAGAGGCUGCAGAGGCCCAAGAGACUGAAGACUCGACAGCGGCUGAUGUUCGGGUGGAGGUGCCUCCGGGUGAGGAUCCAAUCCUUGCAAAAGCAAGGGCAGAACUGGCUGCAGCAAAGGCAAAUCUAGAAGCUGCCAAAGCGGAG